AUGGCGGAGAAGCGAAAAAUUGGAGCCUCGCUUAGCGACAGUGACGAUGAAGUUUGCGAUGUCAAAAGACGAAACACCUUCGUUACUUCAAUGUAUCAAGAAAACGAAAGUAGUCCGAGUAAAGGGAUGAUGGUUAAUAGUGACAGUACGGAUGGCUCAAAAUCUUUUUCGGGCUACAAUGAUUUCUCCUUAAAAUUGAUGGUAAUUUUUUUUUUAAUUUAAUUAAAGAACAUGAAAUGCAGUAAAACUUUAUAAAGUGAAAGUAAAUUAGUAAUUCAUGUUUCAAAUAACCAAUGAUUCAGCAAUAUUAUCAGAAUAGGCAUUAUGUUUACGCUUUAUAUAUCCAUUGCAUUGUAACAUUUUCGUAGCAUUGAGAAUGUUUUUAAAGCUUUCAAGAUACCCUUGUUUUAAAUUCAGCAUGCUUUUUUAGAAUCACAGCUAGUGGAAGUGGAACCAAUGCCGGAUUUUGGUGGAAAUAGUGAGGGAGGUGGAAAAAAAAUUUAGGAGAGGUGCAAAUGUCUAGCUCACGACCCCCAUGGAAAGUUAGGCCAAAGGCAACGACGUGACAUAUUAUGCAUGUCUACAGUGUACAUAUGUAUCAGUGUAUUAAUGGAUUGUGACUGUAUACAACUCAUCCAAUUUUGCCCUUAUUACAAUUAGUACAAAGUUUCUUUCAAAACAUGGCAUUAAAAGGGUACUUGAUACAGAGAUGAGUGGCUAUCACUGUUUCAAUUUUACAGAAAAACGUUCUUAUGAAGUGUAGACCUUAAGCAACUAAAAAAUGACAAAUUUUCACUUUGAUCUAUCAUUGAAACUUCCCCAAGGGGAUAACGUUUCAGUGGGGGUGCAAAAAAUUCUCAGCCUGGGAGAUGCAAGACAAUCUUAGGUGAGGUGCAGACCUCCUCUCAAAAUCUGGCCAUGAGUGAAACUAGGGUGAAUUCCACCAUUCAGCCCUCGAAAACCGUCAAAGUUGAGGUCGGCAAAAAAAUGCCGACCUAAAUCUGACCUAGGUCGGCACGUCUCACGUAUUUACAAAUCAUUGAAAUCGGAAUAUAAAGCAUGUUUUUCAGCAGAAAUGCGAACUACAGUAACACUACGGCUUUUCUUUUGAAGUCGAUCUUACCUAAAUUAUAUAUAGAAUACCCAUCAAUUUUUAAACCUUACAACGAAGUGUGUUUAGUUAAUCAAACUAUGAAACUACGAAUUGAAUUCUAUAUUUCGCUGACUUUUUAACAGCAAUCAGCACCAAAAAAUUCUUAUUUUUGCUGAAUUAAAGUUGGCAAAAAUUUGCCGACCUGGGAGGUUGAUAGGUCGGCAUUCGCAGGGCCGGAUUUACGUCGCGUGAGGCCCGUGGCAGAUUUUCAGCGCGAGGCCCCCAAGUUGGAGCCCCAACCCCCUCCUCCCCUUUAUGAAAACCUUUGAAUUCAAAGACACAUAAUUGCUAAAUAAUUGUUUUCAAAUCACUGCAAUUUCGCAGCCAAGCUAGCAGGCCACCAGGAUUUCUAAAUAAUUUUCCGUUACGUUAAAACUGGUUUCAAACAUCAAUGAAACCUUUAUAUUUUGCUAAUAUGGGUGCUUGAUUGCUUGAACAACCUGGAUUAAUUGUGACGAUUUGUUGGAUAUAAUUGGGUCUUACAAACACAUUUUCAGUAUAACAUAACAAAACGUUAACGAUUAACAUGGCUAAAAAUAGCACAAGCAUUGGUGUCUAUAAUCAGCGCAACUGGAGAUUACAUGCAUACGGGUAUUGCAUAUUUUCCUGGGGCCAACUGCCAAGCCUUAAAGGGGCCCUAAAUGCGCAAGGUCCCUAAAUUCGUGAGGCAUCUAAAUUCGGAAGGCACCUAAAUUGGGCGUGUCCCAAUAGGAAAUGGGCGUGUUCUCGUAAGAAUGGGCGUGGUACAGUAAAGCGCGAGGCCCCCAUAAGCGCGAGGCCUGCGGCAUAUGCCGCAUCUGCCAUGUGGUUAAUCCGGUCCUGGGCAUUCGGCAAUGCCGACCUCGUUUUUGAGGGCUGACCAUUUGCUUAAACAUGAGUAAAGCCUUGGUCAAGUGAGGAUCAGAGUUGCAACUCUCACUUGCAUUUCACCACCAACCGUCAUCAACUUUAAACUGGUUCAACUCUGAGAUUUGAGGAGAGUUUUUGCUAUGUGCAUGUGUUUGCCCUACUUCCUAUAUUUUCAAAAACAUUCCCAAAAUAUGAAAUCCUAACCAAGUCCUAAACUUGUGUAUUGUAGGGCAAGAUGGGUUUCCAAAUUGGCGAAGGCUUGGGAAAGUUUGGUCAGGGUCGUUCAAAUAUUGUCGAAGCGUCAAAACAAAGAGGAAGGCGUGGUCUUGGAUUUGAAAUCGAAGGACUCGAAGCUGACGAUGUGGAGUGGGUUGAAACAGAUAAAGAGGUAACAGAGAAUUAGAAUUUUGAAGAACGGCUGCUUGGGUGCCUAAAAGAAACACAAUAAAUAGUGAUUUCAAAAUUCUUAGGAAACAAAGCUGUGUUUAUAUUUACAGAGUGUUGUAAACAGAUUUUGCUAGGCUAUAUUUAUGGCACCUAUAGCAGAUUGGCCUCAUUGGCAUCUGUUAUAACACACCUCACAAUGCAAUAGUAAAUUCAGCCCCUCAUGAAUACACACAUGUCACCCCCCCUCCACCCCCCACCCCCCGACAGAGGAUUCUCUCACCUUCAAAAAUACCUUGCGUUGUAAUAGCAUUUUGUUUUUUAGGUGGAAGUCCGGGAGACACCAGAUUGGAUUCCUUCAUGUGAACUUGAUCCACCAACCAGAAAUGAUAUGAACGAUUGGAUGGAUGUAAAUCAGAAAAAGACGAUAAUAAGUGAUGAAACAGAAUUUUGCAGUGAAGAAAUUUUGCAUGGAGUUCUUACGUGUAAG